AUGCAAUCCGAAAUAGAUGAGACCGAUUCAUUGAAAAUAUGCAUUGCCAGGCUUGAAGUCGAAAAUGCCGAACUUAGAAAGAAGUUUGCUGAGAUUGAAGCCAGGAAUGCUGAGCUUAAGGCCAGAAUUGCGAAAUUGGAAGAUAAUCAAACACAGAAUGAAAUAGUUAAAAACUUAUUAUCUUUACCUAUGGUAAUAAUGACUGGUAUACUAACACCAUCUUUUCACAUAUAUUACUCAAAGCAACUUAACCAGCUUCCUCGUUCCAUUAAAAUAGAUACAUGGCGACGUCUUACAACACGAAAGCAUCCAUUAUCGAUAGAACAGGCAAGUAGUAUCCAUCCCGAAGUGGAAGAUUUGUUAAAUAAGGCGGUUGGAAAUUAUAUUAACGUUAAGCUUUGUUAUAGCCAUAAUCAAAUUCUAAUGAGAUUGUCAAAGUUAAAUGCAAAAUUUUUCAAAAUUUUUGUCAUCUAA